GUGGCAUGAGCCCAGAGCGGGGUGGAGGGAAAUGUUGGUGAAUUGUAUUUUGAGGUCUGGGUUGCUGUUUGUCACUCUGUCUCUUGCCAUUGCCAAGCACAAGCAAUCUUCCUUCACCAAAAGUUGUUACCCAAGGGGAAUACUGUCCCAAGCUGUUGACACCCUCUACAUCAAGGCAGCAUGGCUCAAAGCAACGAUUCCAGAAGACCGCAUAAAAAAUAUACGAUUAUUAAACAAGAAAACAAAAAAGCUAUUUAUGAAAAACUGCCGAUUCCAAGAACAGCUUCUGUCCUUCUUCAUGGAAGAUGUUUUUGGUCAACUCCAAUUGCAAGUUUGCAAGGAAAUACACUUUGUGGAAGACUUUCAUAGCCUUCGGCAGAAAUUGAGCUGCUGGAUUUCCUGUGAUUCAUCAGCUAGAGAAAUGAAAUCCAUUACUAGAAUGAAAAGAAUAUUUUAUAAGAUUGGAAAUAAAGGAAUCUACAAAGCCAUCAGUGAACUGGAUAUUCUUCUUUCCUGGAUUAAAAAAUUCUUGGAAAGCAUUCAGUAAAUUAAGAAGUC